AUGACAGCGUGUAAUACGACAACAACAACUAUUCAACCUAAUGAUAGUGAAAAACUGUUUUAUAGUGAACUUGAUAAAUAUAUAGAUUCAUUAAGUGUUAAAUUUCGAGAAAUAAGUGUCAUAAAGAUGAAAGUUUGUGAGGAUAUUGUGCAAGCAUUAUUAUUACAAAAAGGUAAGACAUUUGGUUCAUUUUCUCCAAAAUUUGUUUUUUGGGCGAAACAAACUUUUUUAUUGUUGAAAAUAGUGGGUAUUGAUAUUGCAUGUUGUGUAAAAACAAAAAAAAUUGUCUGUAUUUAUGAAUCUUUCUUCAAUGUAAUAAGCGAACGUCAUGUCUCGGUUUCUCAUGGUGGUCGCGAUAAAACUCUUUGUGAAGUGAAUUCUCAUUCUUCGUGGGUUCCUCGUCCAGCUAUUGAAAUUUUUUUAAAACAUUGUACACCUUGCCAAGUUAGAAAACCAAUUAAACAACAUGUAGUCUCCAAACCAAUAAUAUCCUUAGGUGUCAUCACACGGUUACAAAUCGAUUUAGUUGACAUGCAUACUAGACCAGAUAAAAUUGAACAAGACGUUGUUUUUAAUUGA